GCCGCCAUCUUGUUGUUGAUUCGAACCGUAGGGAGCGGGUGAGGGAAGUGUUGGAGCCGGCCUGGGGGGACCAAGCAGCAGCGCCCCCCGGCCGGGCAGGGGGAAGUUUCUCUCGACUGUUGAUAGAUCUUCACUCACUGGGAUAUCUGAGUGGUGGUGGUUUUGCUCCUUAAGAAAUUGUUCCUUCCACUCCAUGCAGCUCUCCCCAUGCCCCAAGUGUGUAACUGGUGCUCUGCGCAAUGUGUGUUUGUCAAACCAUGGAGGUGGGGAAACAUGGGAAGAAUGCAACCCACACAGGAGCCCGAGGGGUCCUGCUGGAACCUUUCAUCCAUCAAGUGGGCGGCCACAGCAGUAUGAUGCGCUACGAUGACCACACUGUAUGCAAGCCUCUAAUCACCAGAGAACAGCGCUUCUAUGAGUCCCUGCCUCCAGAAAUGAAGGAAUUCACACCUGAGUACAAAGGUGUGGUAUCUGUCUGUUUUGAGGGAGACAGUGAUGGCUACAUUAACCUGGUAGCAUAUCCUUAUGUGGAGAGUGAAUCCUUGGAGCAGGAUGAUACACCAGAGAGGGACCAACCACGUCGUAAACACUCUCGCAGGAGUCUCAACAGGUCAGGCAGUGGCAGUGAGCACAAAGAGGAGAAAGCAGGUCUGGCUGCCGACACCUCAGAAAGCAUCCAGGACACAAAGAGCCUCAAGAGCUCCCAUUCAGAUGUUCCAUUUCAGAUGCUAGACGCAAAUAGUACUGUGAGUUCUGAAAAGAUCACCUUUAAUCCAUGGAGUCUGCGUUGCCACAAGCAACAGUUGAGCCGCAUGCGUUCAGAAUCCAAGGACCGAAAACUCUACAAAUUCCUUUUGCUGGAGAAUGUGGUACACCAUUUCAGAUUUCCCUGUGUGCUUGACCUGAAAAUGGGGACCAGACAGCACGGGGAUGACGCAUCCGAGGAGAAAGCUGCUCGACAGAUGAAGAAGUGCGCACAGAGCACCUCAGCCACACUAGGUGUACGAGUUUGUGGGAUGCAGGUAUAUCAGCUGGAUACAGGGCAUUAUUUGUGCAGGAAUAAAUACUAUGGCAGAGGUCUUUCCACUGAGGGCUUUCGCAAUGCUCUGUACCAGUAUUUGCACAAUGGUGCAGAGCUACGAAAGGACCUCUUUGAACCCAUCCUUAGCAAACUGCAAAGCCUGAAGGCCGUGUUGGAGAGGCAGGCCUCUUACCGCUUCUACUCCAGCUCCUUGCUCAUUAUCUAUGAUGGGAAAGACACCCGGUCUGAGACACAUAUGGAGCGCAGGGCAGAGAUGGGCCUGAAGCAAGCAGAUCUUUCUCUCCCAGAGAGCCUUCAAGAUGCCAGCAGCACAGAAUCCAUGUUUCAGCCGAAGGUGGAUGUACGUAUGAUUGACUUUGCACACAGCACAUUCAAAGGCUUCCGAGAUGAUCCCACUGUACAUGAUGGCCCUGAUAUGGGAUAUGUGUUUGGACUGGAGAGCCUUAUCAACAUAAUUGGACAGAUGCGGGAUGAAAACCAGUAGCCUUGUGCUAGAUUCCCUGUUUUUUUUCCCCCCUGAGGAUAGGAACAAACAGGACCACCACUUCUACAGAGAAAGCAGACUCUACUGCUUCGAAAAAAUUCUCUCGCUUCAGUGUGUGUUUAACCUCAUCAAAGGACAUGAUUCCCUGGAUCAUCCUAGCGAAAUGGCUUCAACUAUUCUGGCCUGGACUCUUCACAGGAGAGACACAUCCCAUGGACCCCAGCAUCGCGCAUUUUAUAUCUGGGGUUUGGCACUUGUAGUGUCUACCCCUGUGAUCCUGUCUGUUAGGAAUGUAGAGACUGACCCCUAUGGGAAGGAAGAGCGGUGAUGUUCUAGGGGUGUUGAUUUGGGAUAUCAAUGUCCUUCUUUGUCAACCUUCCAUUGAGGCACUAUGGUUUGAACCAUUCUUCUUUUGUUCAAAAAGGGCAUUCAGAUAAAGCAAAUAUUACUUACAAGGCUCAUUGAGGCACAUGAUUUGCACACACUGCACUGCUGUUGCCUCUGACCAGAUGUUAGAGACUUCCUAGAGGAUAAAGAGAGAUCUUCAUUUAUCUUCUCCAGUCUGGGUGCUACCAGAUCAUCCCAGCUGGGGAAAUAAAUGACCAAAGGAAAAUCAGUGCAGGGCUUUCACGAUUUUGCGCUGCAUCCCAUUGACGAAGCUUGCCUACCUCCCCAUGCCAUUUCUUGCAGUUGUUGGAAAUGCCAAAUUCUAAAAAGGCCCAGUCAGGGCUCCACAACAUUGUCCUGGUCUCUAACAUCGUGGGAUUAGUUGGCUGGCUAAGGACAGUGUUAAAAGCACACUCGGUUCCUAUGCAGCUUUUUCUGGGACUGAAGAUGCUGAGCAGGUGCCUACCCUGUUCAUAACGCUUUCAAUUUUGUAAAUACAGUAGUCUCCUCUUACCCCAUUCCCAUGUAAGCACCAUAGUGCUGGAUUGCAGUUUUCCUUUUCCCAGGCUUUCCAAGUAGGCUUCCUACCAAAAUGGUACACUUCUACAAGGACCCAUCCCCAACAUGAAAGACGUAGGGGUAAUUGCUAAGAAAAGUAAAUGUCUUCACUUUCAGACCUUGUCCCAUUGUAGAGGGAAGCAUCUGUCUAGCUUUGAAUGACAGCCUUCUAGUUGAACGUGCUGUCACCUGUGCUUGUUUGCACCUCAGGGAGCUGGUGUUUGCUGGCCUUGUGCCUAUGAUUAGAUGCAGCUGGGUCACAUUUGGGACCCACACAUGUAUAUGGGAUUCUGUUGUGUAGGAUGAGGUGUCAGUCAUUUGUAGUGUUAAAGUUGCAGUGUUAGUUCACUAUGUGAAUACUCACAAUUAAUUUGUAGUUCUUCAUGGCGAUGACAGCUUGAACUAAUUCCAUGGACCUGCUCUGGGCCCAAUAUAGACAAAUGCACUAGAGCUCUUGGAAAUGCACUUUGUGGGGAAGGGACUUGCUAUCAUGGGGAACUGAUGUGCAGGCAUUACAUUUGAGGACAGUUGUCUUAAGUAUCUACUGCUAGAUGCUCUUAAGGUUCAGCCUUUGCCCUGAAGCUCCUGUUUCUUGUGCUGAAUAUGUGCUUCCCUUCAUAGGUCUAUCUUGAAAGUACUGUUGCUUCUCAUUCAUCAAGGAUCUGCUCGUGGGGACUGUCUCUAGUGCUAGUAUGUAUUUGCAGUAGCAACACUUGCUGACUCCAUUUUGCAUUUGUGAAGGGCAGGUAGACAGCUGCCCCUGUGCAUUGGCCAAUUUCUUUUUUUUUUCCAGGGGAAGCUUCCAUAACAUGUUACUCUAGGAAGACAGUGAUGCUUCUUAAGGGACAGGUGCUGAGCCCUGGUUUUGAAGAUAUGAUACUAAGUUUGAGGUAUCACCAUGUUUGUGUUAUGCCUAGCAUCUUUCAAAUUUACUCUGAAGGUCUAAAAUGUGUAAGGAGAUCUUAUCCCCCAGUCAACUACAAUAGCAAAAGAAUAAAGGAAAACCAUUUUCUUCCUGAUACAGUGAUUAACUCAUUUUAAAACCAUCUUUUAAACUUCUUUUUAAAAUCUCUGGACCAUUAACAUAGUCACAGUGCAAGUUCCAGAGCUUGUAAAUAGUUUUUUUUAUUCCUUCUGUUGCCUAGUUUUGUUUUCAUAAAGCUAGUUACUUGUUCAUGAAGGAACCAAAAAUACUGAUGGGCAUGGUUUUCUCAGUACUUUAGCAUUGUGGUUAGUUUUCAGACAGCUAAGUGCAAAUCACAGCCUUGUUCAAUAAGCAAUAAGCUUUCCGAGUUCAUGUUCUUUCAAGUUAAACAAAGGGACAUGGUUGUGACUGUUCUUUGAACAAGUACCUUGCUGUGUUGGAAAGGUUUUACCAUCAGGGCUUCUUGCAUCCUGGAAUGGAACUGAGUUGUCUAAUUUGAGCCCUAAUAGUUGCAUACUCAUUCUUGGAAGAUAUUUGUGCAGUCUGUGCACACAGAAGCUUGCACGCAGCCUGUCAGUAUAGGAGCAGCUAGAAUUGAAAUGUAAAGGAAUAUUUACAGGGCUCAUUGGGAAAGUACCCGUACUGCCAGACCAGAUGAAUUCAAAUGGAUUUCAUCAUAAAGGUUCUUUUCUAAACUACUGUUUGAGCAUGCAGCAGAGUCAGUUUCUGCAGCUUGACAUUUGAUUGGAUUGGAAGCAACUCUGUAGAGUAAAAGUGCCUUAUAGAAGGCACUGACAGAUCAGAGGUAAGAAGCAGAAUAUUUGCCUUCAGCAGCUUUCCCCAGAAUUGAGGGACAUGAUCGUUAGUUCAAACUUGCAUCUUUCCAAUAAAUGGAACAUGCUGGAUUUAUUGCAGUAACAUAUGGGACUAAGCCAGUAAAGAAAUGAUGGAAGUUUUACCAAGCAAAUAGUAUAGUUUGCUGUUCCUAGUUCAUAUUAUUUGUUUUGGCUAUAGUGAAAAUGUGUGUGUGUUGACCAGAGGAAAAAAUAUCCAGAGGCUGAGGCAACUAAAUAGGAGAGGUUUGAGUGCAUCCCCUAGGCCUCCUUCUGCCUUGAAAUGAAGGGGACCUAAUCUACUCAAAACAAGCUAGCUUGGCUUUUGUACAGUAUUCUGCUCCAUUUUGUUUUGUUAAAUGAAUGGGGUAAUGUAUUUGCCCAGAGAGGAACCAGCAUUUGUUGUUACAGUAUAGGCAAUUUCAUAACUAUCAAGGUAAGCUGUCUUGGUCAUAUUUCUAGAUAUCUGCAACUGCCCUCUUGGUUCUACCUCAUUAGCCAAAGUAAAAUUCUUGAAGACAGUAAUUGAACUACUUAUGCCAUUUAGGGGUCUUGCCACAUUACUGGAAACUAUAUUGCAGGUAUUGUGCAAAUACCUAGAGCAACUUUGCAGAUUAAAAUAGCUCAAUAUGACACUUGUUUGGUUUUGAACAAUGAAAAGCUUGUUACUUUUUAAUGCAAUUUUUCACUCAUGAGAAGAUAGCAUAAGCAGCCCUAUAUCGAGGUGCAUAGAGGACCCAUGGUAAGAGUUUGAGUAUAUUUUGAUAAAGGAGCCGCUGAAUGGGACAGCUGUGUCCAACAAAGCCAUUUUGCAUGCAUUAUAUACAUUCAGGUCCUCUUCUUGAGGCUCAUGUAAAUAAUCCUUCCAGUCCGUUCUUGCUGGAAUAGCACAGUCUGUUUGUUGCCCUUUACAGCUUGCUGACACUUUUUUGUCCAAUAGUGUUGACUUCUGUAGCAGGACUUUGCACGUACUGUGUAGUUGCCUUCAUGUAGAUGAUGAAUCAGCUUUUCAGCCUUCUGGAAUACAUAGCCAGCUAUCUCUCUAGCAAUACAUAGGAACUGCUAGCAUUGGUGUAUGAACAACAUUGAGGGGUUCCCUUAUCUUUCCAGUAAGGGCCAAACAGAAGUUCUCCUGAUAAGUACCCUUUCUUUUGUAUUGGUGGCAGUUGCUGCCUUGGAAGUGUCUUGUCUUCUCCUCAGUUAGAGGUUACUACUGCACUGUGCUUUUUGUCAAUAACUGAUCUUGCUCUUUCAGUUGGAACAGGAGCCACCUUCUCUUUACUAGCACCUUUGUAGCCUGGACCUGCUGCAUGAUCUUCUAAAAUAACAGUUCAUAUAUAAUUUCCCUAUGAACGGUGGAGAGUUGCACUUUGGAUAAUGUUCAGUCUAGAUGACUCCAAAGAAGGCCCUCACAUGGGGAAAGUAUUGUUCUAUACCUUUGAGUCUCUCUUCCCUUAUCAAUGUAUCUGAAGGGAGUUCAAGGAAGAAUACAUAACCUGGCUUCUGUUGAACACUGGUAUGGAGACAGAAAGUCUCUUCCAGCUUCUGUAGCCUUACUCACAUGCCUGCAGCUAUGUUUUCAUGUGUAUUCUGUCCCUUCACAGUGGACCAAACCACAGAUCAGAUCAGAGCCCAGUUGCCUUCCUGCUGCUUACAGGAUGGGUUACAUAGUGUAGUUUUAGAAGGCCAGUAAGAAGAGUUCCUGCUCUGGGAAGGUGCUUUAGCGAGCCAGUCUCUCAUCUUGAGAGCAACACCAGCAACUUGCCAUGAGCCCUUGGAGUGCACCUUGACCAGUCAUUCUGCUGCUAUUGGUAUAUAACAAAGGUGCAGUCUGUGGGCAUCUGCUGCUCUACACCAAUGCAAGGGAAACUGCUUUAUUGCUUGCUGUAAAAGGAUCUCCACAGACCAUAACCAUCUGGGUUUAAAAGGAGAGGCAAGUUCUGUUGGUUUCAUGGACUACUUUUUGGCCUUCUGGGGAUGGGGCAGGGGAAAGAAAGGGCCUAUGUAUUUCACUUGUUUUACAGUAUGUCUGGAAAGAGUAAUCCAAGUCAGGUUCAGACUUUGGUUGUAUUUGUACUAUUAUUGCAUGCUUAUCUCAGGAGCAAAAUAUUGUUUUUUAUACUUUGAAAAGUCUAAGUGCAGAAUGGUCUCUAUGAGUACUGCUUGAAAAGGGAAGAAAUGUUACUGUGAGAGCAGGGAGCAGAAGCGCACCCUGCAGGAGUGGUUCCCAUCCAUCUCUUUUGACUUGGCUGGGAGGGAUGCAGCAUCACAUUACAAAUUUCUUGUAUAUUUUUCAUAGUCUGUUUCAGUGCCACUUUGUUGGGCCAAAUCAAGCUAUUGGGCAUGAGAAAUAACAGUAUCUGUAUUCCAUACAAACACUGCACCCUUGACUCUCCUGUUGUGUAUAAAAUAAUAUGUGUAUAUAAAUAAACUGCUGGUUGAGGGGCA